AUGGUAGUUGGGGGUGAUAACCUUAGACGACAAUUGAAAAUGAAUGGAGGUAGUAAUAACUUUAUAGUAGAUGGUGGUGAUACAUUUAUCACAAUGUCAGCAGUCAUCUUUCUUUGGCUGUGUUGUUUUCUCAAACAUGAACCAAAUUUACAGGACUAUUUCUCAAAGUGGGGAUCAAGCGGUGAAGUUGAUUUGAAGUAUGAGCUUGAGCAUCUGAUCAUCUUGACAGCCAGUAGAUGCCUUUUGGGUCGUGAAGUUCGUGACAAGCUCUUCGAUGAUGUCUCUGCAUUGUUCCACGAUCUCGAUAAUGGAAUGCUUCCAAUCAGUGUUCUCUUCCCAUGCCUGCCAAUUCCGGCUCACAGGCGCCGUGACAACGCACGUAAAAAGCUUGCUGAAAUAUUUGCAAACAUCAUAUCUUCACGAAAAAGUGCCGACAAAUCAGAGAACGACAUGCUGCAGUGCUUCAUUGACUCAAAAUACAAAGACGGUCGCCCAACAACAGAAUCUGAAGUCACAGGACUCCUCAUUGCCGCUCUUUUCGCAGGACAGCACACCAGUUCAAUCACCUCCACUUGGACCGGAGCAUAUCUUCUGUGUAACAAACAGUACCUUUCUGCUGUGGAGGAGGAGCAAAAGAACUUGAUGGAGAAACACGGAGAUAGAGUUGAUCACGAUGUUUUGGCUGAGAUGGAUGUCUUGUAUAGGUGCAUUAAAGAAGCCCUGAGACUCCACCCUCCACUAAUUAUGUUGCUGAGAAGCUCACACAGCGAUUUCAGCGUCACAACAAGAGAGGGGAAAGAGUAUGACAUUCCCAAGGGUCAUAUAGUUGCUACAUCCCCUGCAUUUGCAAACAGGUUACCACACAUUUUCAAUGACCCUGAUAAGUAUGAUCCUGAUAGGUUUGCUGUUGGGAGGGAAGAAGACAAGGCAGCAGGGGCAUUCUCUUACAUUUCCUUUGGAGGUGGUCGACAUGGAUGCCUUGGAGAGCCUUUUGCAUAUCUGCAGAUAAAAGCAAUUUGGACUCAUCUUCUGAGGAACUUUGAACUGGAGCUUGUGUCACCUUUCCCUGAGAUUGAUUGGAAUGCCAUGGUUGUUGGAGUGAAAGGAAAAGUUAUGGUCCGAUACAAGCGGAGGGAGCUUUCUGUUAAUCAAUAGGGCCAUGAUAUGCUCCAGUGUACUGCUUGGAUUUCUUUUUUUGAAGCUUUUCUUGUUAGCAUUAUUGAUUGUGCUUCAUUGUCCAUGUUGACUGUUCAUUUGACCAUGGAUAACUAGAAUCUUGAUUUGGAAUUCUUUUUUUUUUUUGUGCAAUUGUAGUAAGUGGUUUUAAAUAUUUUUUAUUUUAUUUUAUGAUUUAGUGAAUCAGAUGAUUGGAGUGGUGA